CAAAUUGUUUAUUGGACUGUAGUGAGGGGAGACAUGCUGAACACACUCCUCAGACUGAACACAAUGAUCACAUUGAUGUGGAUUACAGUGAUGCUUUUGGGUAAAAUCGAUUCUGUGCAGAUAAACCAUAUCAAUCAGCCGAACCCAAUGAUCAUUGCUGAUGUUGGUGAUAGCGUGACUCUGAACUGCUAUCGAUUGCAAGCUAAAACCUCUGGAGCCAUCGUUUGGUACAAACAGAAAAUCGGUCACGAGCCUCGUGUAAUAGUCACGGUUCAAAGUGAACCCAGUUAUGAAAACGAGUUCAAGUCUCCAAGGUUCAGCAUCGAGAAUAAAGAAACAAGCUGUCAUUUGAAAAUUGCUCACUUGGAAGCAUCAGAUGAAGCCAUGUAUUACUGUGGACUGUUACAAUUUUUCACAACUUUCGGAAAUGGAACAUUUUUAUCAGUGAAAGUUGAUGAAGAUGUAAAAGUGUCAGUGCUCCAGAGCAGUGUAUCAGACUCGGUUCCUGCAGGAGCAUCAGUGACUCUGCAGUGUUCAGUUCUCUCUGAGAGCAGAGCAGCAGAACUCCAAGUGCUCUGGUUCAGAGCUGCUCCAUCACAAUCCCAUCCUCAAAUCAUUUACACUCAUCACAACAGCAGCCUUCAGUGUGAAUCUUCUACACACACCUGUGUGUACAACUUGUCCAAGAACAUCUUCAGCCUCGAUGAUACUGGAACUUACUACUGCGCUGUGGUCGUGUCUGGGAAGAUCAUUUUUGGGAACGGGACACGAGUACAGCUGGAGAGAUCUGUGGACCCUGUAGUGAUCUGCCUCGCCGGAGCUUUGGGAUUCUGUGUGCUCCUGAUCUUUACAUUGUUUAUUAUAAAACGCGAAAGUGGAAACCAUAAACAGCACAGGGUGACGCUCAAACAUGAUUUUAUAGCAGACCCGACCCUCGAUCAGGACUCUGACAUUGUGGAGGUGAAGUACGCUGCCUUAAAUUUCAAUGAAAGGACAGUCAAAAGAGGACGAGUAACGAAGCAACAACCUAAAGAUAUUAUAUAUUCUCAUGUGCGACAUACUUCUGUAACUUAGAUUUGAACUCUGAUCUGAUUCAGUGUCAUUAUCAGGUUAUAAUUUUGAUUGUACAUUUUUUAUAAUGAUUAAAUUUUAACUGAAAACUGAAUCUCAGAACCUGAAGCACUGGUUCUGACCUGAAAAAGCAGGUAAAGAUAUGGGCAAA